AUGGACAUCUUCCAGACAUAGUUUGCUUUUGUGGAUGGACAAAGAGGGUUCCAGGUUCGUUGGUAUCACCGCUAGUCGCCGCCAUCAUGCAGUCGUUCGUUCUUGUCUUGGCCGCUGUGCUGGCCUCUACAGUCUCUGCCGCUCCUGCCUCUUUCGCUCCUGAACCCACCCUCUACAUUCGCCAGGAUGACACGACUGAAAACGAGUUUUAUGAGGGCGGGUGCCGAGACGUCAUUCUUUUCUUUGCUCGAGGCACCGACCAGUCUGGCAAUAUUGGAGACAUGCCAGGUCCCGACUUGGUGUCGCAACUCAAGAGCGCACUCGGCGACAGCGUUAUAGCAGCCCAGGGGGUCAACUAUCCCGCCGCGCUGCUGGACAACCUGCUUCCCGACAGAACGAACCUCGUGUACGCGGACGAACUGGCUGCCAACAUCACCUCGGCCGCAUCGCAGUGUCCAGACGCGCAAUUUGUAGUCUCUGGCUAUAGCCAGGGAGCCGCCGUAGUGCACGGUGCUAUCCCAGGGCUGUCGGAUGCUGUCAAGGCUAGGAUCGCCGUGGCGGUGACUUUUGGCGAUACCAUGAACGAACAGGAUGGGGGUCAGAUCCCUGAAUUCGAUACUUCGAAGACCCUGAUCAUCUGCAAUGACGGCGAUUUGGUUUGUAACGGGUCAUUGAUUAUCACGUCUGCGCAUCUUGAUUAUACUGGCAGCGUUCCUACUGCCGCUGGUUUCAUAGAGAGCAAGAUUGCUUGAUCGAAUGAUGCUAUGAAAAAGGAGUUUUGCUUGUAAUUAUGGUAGCGUACGGAGAGUCAUUGGUGAUUUUGAGUUAUCAGCUAGUCUUUUAUAAGGGGCUGAAAUCAGACACUGCUCAACUCU